AUGAAAACAUCCAGCAUAGAUAACCCAGGGUUUAACAGGAAAAAUAAAAAGGCAAGAACUUCAGCUACUGAAGAAGAAGAAAAUUUAGCCGAAAUUUGGGAAACAAGCUAUAAAGAUGCAGAAAAUAAAGAGUUGCUCCAAACAGUAGGCCAGAACUCAGACAACACAGUUAACAUUGCAAGCAGUAGUAGUAUGCAAGAAAAUACAGCAGAAAACAAAAAAGAAACAGUUGAGAAAACCAAA